AUGGCUCCAAAGCGUUCUGGCAAGACUAGGAGUAAGGUGGUGGUGAAGGCAGCCCGGAAAGUGGUUCAAGAAACUGUCGAAGUGACGGUACUUGCCAGCAAGCAAAAACCACCCAGGGAAGAGCAAGGGAAGAAAAUUUCUAAAAAGGACAAAGCACCAGAGGAAUUGCAAAGGGAACAAGUUUCAGCUGAUGAGGAACCAGAGAAAGAGCUUCCCACUCCAGUGACACAAGAAGAACCACCAAAAAAGGAGGAAGAGAAGAAGACGACGACAACACAAGAAGGGAGAGAAGAGAAGAAGAGGGGGAGGAGGAGGAGGACAAGCGGUAGGAGAAGAAAGGAGGGAGGUGAGGGGUACAAGAGGUACGUGUACAGGGUACUAAAGCAGGUGCACCCUGGACUGGGAGUAUCGUCGAAGGCCAUGACUGUGCUGAGUGGCUUCAUGAACGACAUGUUCGAGAGAAUAGCGGAAGAAGCAGCGAAGCUGUCCAAGUACACAGGCAAGACAACGCUAUCAGCAAGGGAGAUUCAAGGCGCCGUCAAGCUGGUUUUGCCUGGAGAGCUCCAAAAACAUGCCAUGGCUGAGGGGACUAAGGCCGUUUCUAAUUACAUGGACUAUGCUGCUGCAGGAGGCCACAAGCAGUAG